AUGCCGCCAUCACUUAAUCCAGAUAAUGAAGCCUCAGUGUGGCCCAAACGGGUUCCUGCGCCCUCCAAGAGGUUAACCGAUGCAUCUAAUUCUGCAACUCCCGAGCUGAGCACUCACCUCGAGGCCAUUGCCCUCAAACGAGCCGAAGAUGCCAAACGUUUGGCGGAGGAUGCCAGGCCUGUAUCACAAGGUUUGACGACAGCUAGUACCACACCACCAGCAACUUCAAGUUCCCACUCUGUCACCCCCGCCAAGAGAUCUCAAAAUACUGACUCUUCUGGUAGUGGGGAUGAUACAGAUUGUGCAGCGGUUCCAAAACCACCAAAAAAGAAAAAGUCGCAUCGCAGUCAAUCUGUGAUCAUCAGUUCUGACUCAGAAGACAGCUGUGCUGCACCUGCCAAGGCGAAGAAAAAUCAAGCUCCAGAUCCUGUCAACGAUGAUGGAUUUCUCGCAGAUAUCAACAUUGCAAGCCUCUCUAAUGAUGAGAUCAAGCAAAAGCACGAUAGGAAAGGUCAGGAUGUUGAUAAUUUUUUUAGUUCAAAAUAUUCCGAGCCUGGCAUUGAUGGCAAACCUCGCACCUAUCGUGAUUGCACCUUGUGCUCGAAGAAGGGUCCACACAAACACUUUGUGAAGGACCUGUCAAUGUGCCGUCGACACCUUGAAAAAGACCACGAGGUAAGUGUUGAUAUCUCUGACAACUGCAAUGCUAACUGA